AUGUUGAUUAUAAGCUCGGCUUUUCUAUAUUCUCAAUGUAUCUGCGAGUUACAAACCAACUUCUUUCGCUAUGAUUACAAAUAUUUAGAGGACAUGCGAAGUUUUUAUAAAGUUCACACGGUCAAUAAAACCUGGCAGGAAGCGAAACUAGACUUAAUGGCUAAGGAAGUAUACACUACGGUGAAUGGUGACUCAAUUAAGGAUGUAUAUGGUAAUUGGGCACCAGGUGAACCCAACAAUAGUAAUGGCAACGAAGACUGUUUGGUCCUGAACCUUGACGGAACACUGAACGACGAUCAAUGCAACAAAAGAUAUCCAUUUAUAUGCAAAAAAACCCUCGCCUCCUUAAAGUGGAAUACAUUGUGCAAUGUGCCGGACUUAGAUUAUAGAUACGACGAUGAGCUUGGACGGUGUUAUAAAUUUCAUGCGACAGCUCAAAGCUGGACGGAAGCUGCCCUGGUUUGUGAUAUAGAACAGUCUUACUUAGCGGUUUUGAAUAGCGACGUGGAAGCGAAACAUUUGGCCAAAAUAACAGGAGACUCAGUUGACACCAACAGGGUUACCUCGAAUUUGUGUAACUCCGUUGCAUUGGGAUUUAGUAACAAGGAUAAUGAAGGAUGGAAGACCAUUUUAGGUACAAAAUUAAUUGAGAGUGAAUAUGAGAAAUGGGACGAAAAUCAACCCGAAGAAGGCACUGAACAAUGCGGUUUCAUGUCUUACAAUGGUUUACUAAAGGGUUUGAGUUGCGAAAAUAAAUGCCCCUUUAUUUGCGAACAUGAAAACCCACUGCUCGGGAGUCUGGACGAAAGAAAUGGAUCA